AUGGCUCACUAUUUGGGUGAGACUUGUCUCAGCAGACAAGCUGGUAAUCUGGCUCUGCUCAGUACUGGUGAGGCACUGCACUGUUACACCUGCAUUGGGUCGACAGAUGAGGACUGCAAUCGCCAGGGAUCCAAAUCGUGUCCAAUUUACUCAGACGCAUGUGCUAUUAUUAAAGGAGAUGGCAGCGGUGUGCUGAAGUCAUGUUCCUACAAAUCCUUCUGCAGUCAAGCUAACAGCAAAGGUGACAGAGUUGCAGGGGUGAAGGUUCACUGCUGCUACUCAGAUGACUGUAACGUGAUGGGACAUGGCACCCGACUCAGCAGAGGGUUUAGCUAUCUCUUAGUCCUUCUGCCACUGUUUUGGCAUCUAUUGUCAAGCUAAAAUUGCCAGCACGAGCUUAAAUGUGCUUCGUACAGGGGAAGUCACAUAAUGAAUGCAAUAGCCAUUGAGUGUAAUAAUGUCUCUGGUCAUGCCUAUUAAACAGAAUAAUAA